AUGAUAUCCCCGCCCUUUCCCCAUGUCACAUGGCGGCGCCCUCCCUCAGCCGCGCUGCCCUCGGCGCCCCCCGGGUUUUGGGGCCUCCCGGGGCUCCCCGGGCCCGGCCCCGCGCCUGGAGCAGCGGGACCCCCUCAGCCGGGACCCCCCCCGGCCGGGGAGAGCCCCGGGAGCCCCGCGUGGGACGGGCCCGAGCGGGCGAGGCUGCGGGGCCGGGAGCAGAGGGAGAAGCGGCAGCGGCUGAGGAGGGAGAGAGGGGCGGUGCGGGAGAAGGAGCCGCAGCCCCUCCCCAAGGGCUGGAGCCCCCAGGCUGAGCUGCAAUAUCAGCACCCGCUGGGCCCCGAUGGCAAAAAGGCCACGGCCGUGCCCCUCCCCCCCAGGUACAGCCCCCGCUACGUCGAGGCCGCUUGGUACCAAUGGUGGGAGAGGGGCGGGGCCUUCAGACCCCGCCCACCUGCACAGGCCCCGGGGGGGGCCCCGGUGCUGAGCCUGGUGCUGCCCCCCCCCAAUGUCACCGGGUCCCUGCACCUGGGCCACGCCCUGAGCGUCAGCCUGCAGGACGCGCUGGUGCGCUGGCGGAGGAUGCAGGGCUGGGACGUCCUGUGGGUGCCGGGCACCGACCACGCUGGCAUUGCCACCCAGGCCAUCGUGGAGCGCUGGCUGUGGCAGCAGCGCCGGCAGCGCCGGCAGGACCUGGGCCGGGCCGAGUUUGUGCGCGAGGUUUGGCGCUGGAAGGAGCGGCACGGGGAGCAGAUCCUGCAGCAGCUGCGGGCGCUCGGGGCCUCGCUGGACUGGAGCCGCUGCGCCUUCACCAUGGACCCCGGUUUCUCCCGCGCUGUCACCGAGGCCUUCGUGCGUCUCUUCGAGGCCGGGCUGAUCCGCAGGGACCAGAGGGCGGUGACCUGGAGCUGCGCCCUGAGAUCGGCACUGGCUGACAUUGAGGUGGAGCCCCGUGUCCUGACGGGUCCCACGGCGCUGAACGUCCCCAACUGUCCCCACCCCGUCACCUUCGGCGUCCUCGUCACCUUCGCCUACCCCGUGGAGGGGGACGACGGGCUGGAGGUGCCGGUGGCCACCACGCGCCCUGAGACGCUCUUUGGGGACGUGGCCGUGGCCGUGCACCCAAGGGACCCUCGAUACCUGCACCUGCAGGGCCGGCGGGUGAGGCACCCGUUCAGCGGGGCCCUGCUGCCCGUGGUGAGCGACCCCAGCGUGCAGCCCCAGCUGGGAACUGGUGCAGUCAAGGUGACCCCCGGGCACAGCCCCCAGGACCUGGCCCUGGCCCGGGCCCACGCGCUGCCGCUGCUCUCGGUCAUCGCUGACGACGGCACCUUGUGUCCCCCGGGAGGGGGGUGGCUGCACGGUGUCCCCAGGUUCGAGGCCCGUGCUCAGGUGGUGGCAGCGCUGGCCCAGCGGGGGCUGCUCCGGGGGGUGACGGAUCACGCCAUGACCCUGCCCCUGUGCAGGUCCGCUCCGGGUGACGUCGUCGAGUUCCUGCUGAAGCGCCAGUGGUUCCUCACCUGUGGGGACAUGGCCAGGGAGGCGCUGCAGGUGUGGUUGGGCGUGGUCUCGGGAGUGGUGGGCGUGGUCUCACCAGUGAUAGGCGUGUCCCAGGCAUGCAGCGGGCGUGUCCCAGGCGUGGUGGGCGUAUCCCAGACGUGGUGGGCGUGUCCCAGACGUGGUGGGCGUGUCCCAGACGUGGUGGGCGUGGUCUCCCCAGCAUGGGCGUAUCCAGGCGUGGUGGGCGUGUCCCAGACGUGGAGGGCGUGGUCUCCCAGCAGUGGGCGUGUCCCUGACGUGGUGGGCGUGGUCUCACCAUUGAUGGGCAUGUCCCAGACGUGGGAUUGGUGCCUUUCCCGCCAGCUCUGGUGGGGUCACCGCGUCCCCGCCUACCAGGUGAGGCCUGGCCCCGGUGAGGAUGAGGAGGGGCCGUGGUUCGUGGGGCGCAGCGAGGCCGAGGCCAGGGCGGCGGCCGUGAGGGCCCUGGGCUGCCCCGCCCGGGAGCUGCACCUGCGGCAAGACCCUGAUGUUUUGGACACCUGGUUCUCCUCCGCCCUCUUCCCUUUCGCCGCCCUGGGCUGGCCCGACCAGGGUGAGACCCCCGAUUUUGGCCGUUUUUACCCCAAUUCGCUGCUGGUGACGGGCAGUGACCUCCUCUUCUUCUGGGUGGCCAGGAUGGCCAUGCUGGGCCAGCGGCUGACGGGGCAGCUGCCCUUCACACAGGUGCUGCUGCACUCCCUGGUGCGGGACCCCCAGGGCCGCAAGAUGAGCAAAUCCCUGGGGAACGUCAUCGACCCCCGCGACCUCAUCGGGGGCGCCACGCUCCAGGAGCUGCAGGAGAAGCUCCAGACCCAAACCCUGGACCCGCAGGAGCUGCGGGCGGCCCAGGAGGGGCAGAGCCGUCAGUUCCCGCAGGGGAUCCCCGAGUGCGGCGCCGACGCCCUGAGGCUGGCGCUGAGCAGCCACAACGCCCACGGCCCCGAAAUCGGGGUGGGCGUGGCCUCGGUGCUGGCCCAGCGCCGCUUCUGCAACAAAAUCUGGAACGCGCUGGGGUUCGUGCUGAGGGCGGGGCAGGGGCGCGGGGAGCCCCCAAGAGCCCCCGAGGAGGUGCUCCCAGAGGCCCCCAUGGACCGGUGGCUCCUGGUGCUCCCGGAGGCCCCCAUGGACCGGUGGCUCCUGGCCCGCCUGGCCGGGGCCGUGGCCGAGUGCGGCCGCAGGUUGGAGGCCCUGGAGGUUCACGGGGCCGUGGCCGCCGUGCAGAGCUUCUGGCUGCGGAGCUUCUGCGACGUUUACCUGGAGGUGGCCAAGGUGUCGCUGCAGUGCCCGCGGCUCCGUCCCAGCGCCCAGGCCACGCUGGCGGCCGCGGCCGAGCUGGGGCUGCGCCUCCUGGCCCCCUUCGCCCCCUUCGUGGCCGAGGAGCUCUGGCAGCGCCUGCCCCGCGCCGCCCCCGCGCCCCCCAGCGUCAGCCUGGCCCCGUUCCCCGAGCCCGCCCGACUGGCCCACUGGCGCUGCCCCGAGCUGGAGGCGCGCGUGGCGGCCAUGUUGGAGCUGGUCCGGGCCGUGCGGGGCCUGCGCGAGACCCUCAGGCUCGGGGGGGCCGCGAGACCCCCAGUGCUGGUGCAGAUCCCGGAGCCGGCUCAUGAUUGGCUGGAGCAGCUCGGCCCCCCGCCUUCCAGACGCUCUCAAGGGCGGGGCCUGUGGAGCUCCUCCCCUUGGGGGCGGAGCCGGGCCGGGCUGGGCGGGGGCUAAGGCGGCUUCCGGAGCCUUCGUGCACCUGCGGAUCCAGGGCCUGGUGGAUCCCGACGCCGCCCGGGCCCAGCUCCGCUCCCCGCCUGCGCAGCCUCAGGGGGGCCCAGC